AUGUCAAGUCUUUCGGGCUCAGUGAUCCUUAUCGAUGACUCUAGCGAUGAAGGAAGCGCCGAAAUUAUUCGAGUUCAACAGCCAGAGCGACUGCGGGUACAUUCAUCCAACGAGUCAAACAAGAUGAAUGUUCUUGCCUGUCAAAGCGAGAAGCCCCGCGUACCAGUCAAAGUGAUACCUGGUGCCUCCCAAAGCGUAAACGACGGUCGGUUGAAAAAGAACCAGGUAAAGGAGAAAGAGAAGGAAGGAGGAGGUGUUGUGGAAGUAGACGGUCGGCAUUUUGACAAUGGCGGUGCUGGUGAAAAGAUGACACAAAACUUGAAGACGACCGACAGGAACGGAUACGUGGAUGUAGACUUUAUGUCUGCUGGAGAAUCGAAAGCCCAGCAGCGUGACCAGGAACAACUGCAGGAUGAAGAGCAUCGCGUACACAUGCCAAUGUCUGAUACCGUCUGUCGGACACUCGUGGGAUCGAAACGAAAGGCGAGCGGCGUCGCAUUGGUGUCGCACGGCGAUCAAAGCAGGAGCAUGAAUAAAACGUCGCAUUCGACGUUUGACUUUGAUUGUAUCACUAUUAGUGAUGAUUCUUCGUCGUUGUCGUCAAAUGAAGAGGCGGACUAUACGGCAUCACUGGGUGUCCGGUCGAAGUCAAUGUCUCUACAAGACGUGGUGGCGCAAGAGCGUGAACUAGCACGAUUGCGUACAGGAAACGCAGUGGAAAACAGCGACGUUGUAGUUUUGCAUAAGAAAUCGAAAAUGGUGCACAAGGCGUCAGCACCAGAGUCACUGUUUUCCUCACCUGAAGAGCAGCAACACAACGCUGUUAAAGCGUCCAAAUCGGAACAGGGUGAUGAAAAGGGGGAUGCGCUAUAUCAAAUGGAAUCGUUGGCGAUAGAUUUGUCGUCAGAGCAGGAGGGGGAAGAAUUCGAUGACGAAACGUACACGCCGAGCAAGCAUAAUAAAAGGAGUGUGCGGCAGGUUAAUGGCCGUCGUAUCCAUAACGGCAAACGCAUCAAGGCGGAUACGGCUGCAAAGUCGAAGAAUGCUUGCAAGCCCAUGAGCAAAAAGGAAAGAGAUAGGUUGCGGCUUUCGUCAGCAAAAGCAGGAGUGCGACUUCCAACGACUGUGCGGGCUGGUCCUCCCUCGGACAAAUUGUCGCAUCACAGAACUGCUAGGGAUACGGUGAUACAUGGAACAGCAUGGCGUAAUGUGUGUUUCGACUCUGCACCAACGAAUUUGCUGCCGCUCAACUCGGCCGUUGCGCCACUUUUUUACUCCGAGUUUGACUGUCCGUUGCUAGCCUACGAUAUGGACGGUGAUUUGAAAGGAAAGUGCAAGUUUAUGCCGCAGUUCGGCAAAUGCAAACAAGUAGAUACAUUUGCGCAAGCUUCUUGCGAGCCCGAACGAGCCAUCUCACAAGAAGAGAUGAACACUCGCGUAACCAAUCUUAUCUUGCGUGAACAACCCAGACUGAGGGAGUAUCAACGACGAAAAACAUCGGCCAUUCUUGCUGAAGCACGUGCAAAGGUUAAAAGGUAUCUCGCUGCGCACGCAACGCUUAAGGCGCAGAGCGCGCAUCCUCAGAACAGCAAGCGUCUUGUCGAGGGGACUGUACUGGACAAGCUACUUUUGAGCCAAAUGAAACCCGAAAAAUUGACGCAAGGGUUGUCAUUGGGAUAUUCUAAUGUGUGGGAUGAGCCGACCUGUGUCAGGGAGAAAUUGUUUCCGCGGGACGUGAACCAGCUCCCUGCCAUCCGGCCUCUGAGUAGAUGUACUGCUUACGUCGGGUUGAAAGCAAACAUUCGUGUGGAGGACGACCCAAUAUUGCGCUACAAGCCAUAUUUUGGAGAAGACGAUGAUGGGGCGGAUAUCGAUGAAGCCUGGUACGAUGCAGUUGAACCCAAAACUUCGAGUUUGCUGAUAGGCCUAGAUGGCGAGAUAAACGAGCUGUUAUUGCGCCUCAUUGUUCGCGAAUGCGGGAUCACUCAGGGUGUGUUCAGCGCGCUGAAAAAUGUUCCUGAAUUUGCUCAAGCGUACUCGGAUUACGGUGAAAUGAAGAAGCUAGACGAUGCGAUUGGCCUCGCUGCACGGCGCAUCAAGGAGGCGAAAGAGCUAAUACAAAGCAAGCCGAAAGAUUUCCCGCUGGCGAGGGUGGUAGCUUUAGAGCCAUCAUUACGGAACGGCUAUGGUAUUUACAAGUCCCUGGCAGAACGCUUAGCCCCACCGCCUACUUACUUUGACUCAAACUUGGCAAGAAAUCACUCCGACCGAGGCUAUGGUUUAGGCUUGCGAUCAGCGACCGAUUUCACGGAGUUGGUUGUUACGUAUCGCGACAUGUUUUGUCGCAUGUGCUACGACUAUCAUUGUCUCGAGCAUGGUAUUCAGCACCCGCUACCCUCCCACCGUGUUGAUCCAAUGAACCCCCCGCUUCAGCUGUCAUCUGUUGCAUUGGCUACUCUAGCAAAGAAGCAUGUGAAGGCAGGGGACUUGAGUUCUGAGAGCUGUCAGUCACCCGCAAUCCCACUGGCAAGUGCAGGCUCACCGAAAAUUGGUGAAUGCAUUGCGGUAGACCAUUGUCAAGUCGACGAUAAAAUAAGCAGAGAUGUGCAGGUCGAUGGAUGUUUUAUCAUAGAUAACGAGCUCGAUGAAACGAUCGACGUGAAUGCUACUGAUAAGGAGGGAAAAAGCGCCGAAGCGUUGCACCGAACUCGUCGAUCUGCUCGUGCUUUAACGAGAUGUUGCACUUUAGCAAGCCAAGGCUUAAACAAGCAAGUUACCGCGCCGCAACCACGGAAACAGCCUCGACCUCAUCGUGCGCAAAUAUGUCCGCGAAUCGCGGAUGAGUCUGAGUACCUUGAUGAUUCCCACUAUGCGUACGCGACUACUAUCUUCGAGAAGUCAUUGAAGACUGAUGAGAAGUGCUUGAACGAAUGUUGGAAAGCUGAAAGCCGCGCUAACUCUACGGACCCUGGCCUUGCGUCUAACGAGUUAAAGUGUGAUUCAAAGCUGCUCAGCAACACCGAGCUGACUCUACUUCGAAAGCUUUGGGCCGUCGUUGGUGACAACCCCUGCAUCAUUUCUUCUAUGAUCCGGUCGACGACAUGCAAAGAAGUUAAAAAGGUGUUGGAACUCGAACGUCUGUGUAGAUCAACUCAUUUAAGCGUAAUGGACAGCGUGCCGCUUUCGCUUGAUGCCCAUUUGAGCCGCAACGGUCGCAAGCGUGGUCGGGAUUCGCGCAGCCGCAACAACCCCAUUUCGCUCGAAAGGACUAGAAACAAUUGCUUAAAGGGCAAAUGGGUGAACCACGAAUACGAGCCGUGUAAUCACGAGGGUGUGUGCGAUUCGACAAAUUGCUCCUGUAUGGCACGUGACCAUACGUGCGACAAGGCGUGCUCCUGCUCACGCGACUGCCUUAAUCGGUUUCCAGGGUGCAAGUGUAGCCGAGGCAACUGCCGAACCAAGGCAUGCCCAUGUUUCAUCGGUGCCCGCGAGUGCAACCCCGAUUUGUGUCUAACUUGUGGCGCUAGUGAAGCCCCCGCGUUGGUCUUUGAUGAGGAUCGCAGGAAAAUGUCGGCAAUGGACUUAGGUAUUUGUUGUAACGUGAAUAUUUUGCGUGGUCUUCACAAGAAAAUUGGCGUUGCAUACUCUGCCACUCAUGGCUGGGGAGCCUUUGCCUUGGAGUCGAUCAAGCGUGGUGAGUUUAUUUACGAGUACUACGGAGCGCUCCUUUCUCAGGACGAAGCAGAACGGCGUGGCAGCAUUUAUGACAAGAUGACCAUCAGCUUUUUGUUCGAUGUUGAUGAUGACUCGGUAGUCGAUGCGAUUCGAAAGGGCAACAAAAGUAGGUUUGCGAACCACUCGGCAAGUGACAAAAACUGUCAGGGCAAAGUUCUUACUGUGGGUAGCGAGCAUCGAAUUUCAAUUUGGGCCCAGCAAGAUAUUGCAAAGGGCGAAGAGCUGUUUUUCGACUACGGUUACCAGGGGGAAACAGCACCAGAUUGGAGCCAACUUCGAAUCAAGGGAUCAAUGCGCUAA